CUGAACAAAAUGUGUCUCACACAGAUUUGUUAUUACUUAAAAAAAAGCACAGAGUUGUAAUGCACUCGGUGUCACAGAGUGGCGCUGAGAUCGCCUUAAACCAGUCGUACAAGUGUGGAGAACAGAGCGCCACCGGGGAAACCAGGGCUCAGCUGCAGCAAAUCCCUUUAGCUACCAUUUGACAUGGCUUGACUGACUGUGCUCUGUGGGAAGUUUCAGGAAAUGCAACAGGUGGACGAGUCGAUGCAGCAGUGGAACGGGGAACUGCCCUUUCUUUAGCUUCCAAAGCUAACAGUCGCUGCUGCAAUUCCCGUGUUCUUCAAGGUACCUCAAGGAACAACUGCGCACUUUUUUGGUAAGGUGAAGUAACAUCAUGGAGGACAACAGCUUCAGUGACACUAAUGUGAAGGUUGCUGUUCGUGUGCGGCCAAUGAACAGGAGAGAAAAAGAACUAAAGUCAAAAUGUGUGGUGGAGAUGGAGGGGAACCAGACAGUUCUGCAUCCUGCCAACAACAACAUGAACAAAGGAGAUCCUCGGAAUCAACCAAAGGUCUUUGCCUACGACUACUGUUUCUGGUCCAUGGACGAAUCUCAGGGAGACAAGUUUGCUGGUCAGGACGUCAUGUUCCAGUGCCUUGGAGAAAGCCUGCUGGACAACGCCUUCAUGGGUUACAACGCCUGCAUCUUCGCCUAUGGGCAAACGGGCUCGGGAAAGUCCUACACCAUGAUGGGCUCGGCGGAGCAGCCCGGUAUAAUCCCUCGUUUGUGCAGCUCCCUGUUCGGCCGGACUGAGCGGGAAACCCGAGAGGGAGAAGGCUUCACUGUUGAAGUCUCUUUCAUGGAGAUUUACAAUGAGAAGGUCAGAGACCUGCUCGAUCCUAAAGGUAGUAGUCAAGCACUCAGAGUGAGAGAGCACAAAGUCCUGGGGCCUUAUGUCGACGGCCUCUCCCACCUGGCCGUGACCAGCUAUAAGGACAUCGAGUCCCUGAUGUCAGAGGGAAACAAGUCUCGCACAGUCGCGGCGACGAACAUGAACGAGGAAAGCAGCCGAUCGCACGCGGUGUUUAACAUCAUCCUCACGCACACCCUCAUGGAUGUGAAGUCUGCGACCACCGGGGAACGAGUGAGUAAGCUGAACCUGGUGGAUUUGGCAGGUAGCGAACGGGCUGCGAAGACCGGUGCAGCAGGAGAAAGACUGAAGGAAGGGAGCAACAUCAACAAGUCUCUAAGCACUCUUGGUUUGGUUAUCUCUGCCUUGGCCGACCAGGGAGCGGGGAAGAACAAGAGCAAGUUUGUUCCCUACAGAGACUCUACGCUCACCUGGCUGCUCAAGGACAGUCUCGGAGGCAACAGCCGCACCGCCAUGGUGGCCACCAUCAGCCCCGCGGCGGACAAUUACGACGAAACCCUCUCCACGCUGCGUUACGCCGACAGGGCCAAGAACAUCGUGAACCACGCCGUGGUCAACGAAGACCCAAAUGCCAGAAUCAUCCGGGAGCUGCGGGAAGAAGUGGAGAAACUGAAGGAGCAGCUUUCAGAGGCCGAGUCCAUGAAGGCCCCGGAGCUGAAGGAUCGUCUGGAGGAAUCGGAGAAACUGAUCCAAGAGAUGACAGUGAGUUGGGAGGAGAAGCUCAGAAAGACCGAGGCUAUUGCACAGGAGCGUCAGAGGCAGCUGGAGAGCCUGGGGAUUUCGCUGCAGUCGUCUGGGAUCAGAGUGGUGGACGACAAAUGCUUCCUCGUCAAUCUCAAUGCCGACCCUGCUCUGAACGAGCUGCUGGUUUAUUACCUGAAGGAGCACACGCGUGUCGGCUCCGCCGACUCGCAGGACAUCCAGUUGUGCGGGAUGGCCAUCCAAACUGAGCACUGCGUCAUUGACAUCACGGAAAAUAACAACGUGGUGCUCACUCCUCACGUCAACGCUCGCACGUGCGUAAAUGGUUCUGCCGUCACCAGUCCAGUGCAGCUGCAUCACGGUGACAGAAUCUUGUGGGGCAACAACCACUUCUUCAGGAUCAGUCUGCCCAAAUCUACCUUCCACGCAGUGGAUGGCGACGAGGCGGGCGGCACCUCUAUGAAGACAUGUUUGAGCACCGACCGGCUCGAGCUGGAGUUCGAUGCGUCCAGCGACGUCUCCAGCGAGCUCAGCUUCAGUUACGAGUCCGCCCAGGCCGAGGUCAUGAUGAAGGGCAUGGGCAGCAACGACCCCUUACAGUCCGUCUUACAGACCCUGGAGCGGCAGCACGAGGAGGAGAAACGCAGCGCCCUGGAGCGGCAGAGGCAGAUGUACGAGCAGGAGCUGGAGCAGCUCCGUCAGAGACUGGAUGCGUCAGGUUCACCGGUCGGCGGCGCCGGUGCCGUGACGUCCCCGGGUAGCCACAAAGCCUUGCGGCGUUGGAGUCAAGACAGAGAGGCGAUGAUGACUCGCAGUCUGCGGCGCCUGAGAGAGCAGAUCGUUCGAGCCAACCUGCUGGCUCAGGAGGCCAGCUUUAUCGCCGAGGAACUUGACAAGAGGACGGAGUACGUGGUCACUCUGCAAAUUCCGGCUUCUAACCUGAAUGCCAACAGGAAGCGUGACGUGGUUCUGAGUGAGCCAGCCAUCCAGGUCCGUCGCAAAGGUAAAGGGAAACAGAUCUGGGCUCUGGAGAAGAUGGAGAACAGGCUGGUGGACAUGAGGGAGCUGUACCAGGAGUGGAAGGAUUUUGAUGAGGACAACCCUGUGAUGCGUUCCUAUUUCAAACGUGCUGACCCGUUCUUCGACGAGCAGGAAAAUCACAGUCUAAUAGGAGUGGCCAAUGUUUUCCUGGCCUGCUUGUUCUACCAUGUGAAGCUGCAGUAUGCAGUGCCAAUCAUCAACCAGAAGGGCGAGGUGGCAGGUCGGCUGCACGUAGAGCUGUGGCGCGGCACGGAGAGCUCCGGGGAAGAUGGCGGCUCGCUACAGGAGGGCCACGGCUCAGAUGGGGAUUCAGCCGAACGUAAACUCGACUGCGUGGUUAAUAUCCUCCAGGCCACUGGCCUCCCUCGCCACCUGUCAAACUUUGUCUUCUGCCAGUACCACUUCUGGGGUCAGGAGGAACCGGUGUUCAUCGCUCCAGAGAUGUCAUCGUUGAGCUCUUCUUCGUCCGACCUCAGGGACCCUCAGUGCAGCGUGGUCUUUGACAACAACAAGGAGCUGUCCGUCCCUGUUUCCGACGAUCUCGUGGACUUCCUGGCCGACGGGGCUCUGGCCAUCGAGGUGUACGGACACAAACAGGUCAACCACCGCAGGAACCUGGCUCUCUGGGACCUCGGGGUGAUUCAGGCCAAGACCAGAUCACUGAGGGAGAGGUGGAGUGAGGUGAUCCGUCGCCUGGAGCUGUGGGUGCAGCUGAUGGAGCUGAAUGAAGCCGGAGAGUUCACGGCGGUGGAGGUUCUGCCGGCCAAAGACGUCCGCACCGGAGGAAUCUUCCAGCUCAAACAGGGCCAGUCCCGUCGGGUUCAGGUGGAGGUGCGGCCGGUGCCAGAUUCAGGAACCAUGCCGCUCAUCACCGCCGCCGUCCUGUCGGUGUCCAUUGGAGAUGUCAAAAUCCGACAAGCAGCUCUCUCCAGAGGCGGGGAAUCCCAUUGGAGUAGAGAUGAGGAAAUGGACAGCUAUCAAGAGGUGGACUUGGAGAGGAUGCGGAAACAGUGGCUGCACACACUUACUCAGAGGCAGGAGUAUUUGGACCAGCAGCUACAGAAUGUUUUUUCCAAAGCAGAUAAGUCGGAGGACGACGUUGAACGGGAGUCGCAACUGCUGGAGUGUCGUCUGACUCUGACAGAAGAAAGAAACGCUGUCAUGGUGCCGUCAUCUGGCAGCGGCAUCCCUGGAGCACCGGCAGAAAGAGUUCCAGUUCCUGGAAUGGAGACGCACAUUCCGGUCCUGUUCCUAGAUCUCAGUGCUGACGACUUCCAGUCCCAUCUGUCCCCUCCACCGGCCGGAGGCCUGGACACGUGUCUCAGUGAGGAAAACGAAGACGAAUUCUUUGACCUUCACAUUGUAAAACACCACGACUCCGAGGUUAAGGUGGAGGCUUCCUGGGACUCCACCGUUCACGACUGCCCAGAGCUCAGUCGCGUGACGUCGGGCGACCAGAGGGUUUACCUGACAGUCCGCGCCGUGGUCCAGCUGAGCCACCCGGCCCAGAUGGAGCUGGUUCUGAGGAAGCGCAUCUGCGUAAACCUCGUUGGGAAACAGGGUUUCGCUCAGAGUCUGUUGAAGAGAAUGUCUCAGCGCAGCAACAUCCCCGGCUGUGGAGUCACGUUUGAAAUUGUCUCCAACAUCCCGGGGGACAUCUACGGUCCAGAGGACAGAGAGAUGCUGGCUCGGAUCGCUGCCAGUGCCGAAGACGAACCGUCGGCCGACAGCGAAGCGGCCAUAGAGAAAUAUCUGUGCAGCAUCCUGGCGGUGGAGAACAUCCUCACUCUUGACCGACUCAGACAGGAGGUGGCCGUGAAGGAACACUUAGCGGUGAGAGGGAAACCCAACCAGCGCUGCCUCAGCUCUCCAAACAUAAACCAGCUGACGGCCAGCAGUCACGACCUCUCCUCCUCCUCCUCUUUUCAUCAGCUCCAUGACUUGAAUAGCUGGAAGAGUCACCAGAACCUGAGCGCGGCACCUCGUCCAUCCAGACGUACCCUCCCCAGUUCGAUAUCGCAGACUCUCGGCCAAGAAGCAGUGAAUUCAGGCUUCGCUGCAUCUUAUCUCUCUCCAGUGAAGGCCGUACCAAAGCUGCUCAUGUCACUGCUUCCUGGUGGGAAGGAAGAUGGCAAAGCCCAGACAGUUGUCCAUCAGCAGAACUUGCCGCGCAUCGUGGUGCAGUCGGCCAGUGUUGACGAAGGCCUCAGCAGGCAGCAGCAGCAGCCAGUCCCAAUUGAGGAUCUCAUUCCCGCGGACACCGAGACGGAGACGUGUGUCAGGUCCGUUCCCCUGCCGCCGCCAAUCAUCCCCGAGACGGAGGAGUCCAUCUCCAGCCCGGUGAGCGAAGCGUCCAGCGGCUACAUGUCCACCAGCCUGUCCGCCGCGACCCUGUCGGACGUCUACACCCUGAGCUGGGACCUGCCUCCCACCUCUGGGUUUGAGAUGGUGCCCGACGAAGAGGACGAAGAUACCGGAGUGGCGAACUUUGUCGCGGACCUCGAGCCGACCUCCGUGGACACUUCAGCGCCUCCGAGUUUGAACGACCGAGCUGAUGGACACGAGGAGAACUCUUCACCAGUGACGGAUUCAAACGUCGGUCAGAAAGACUGUCGUCGGCUUCCGUCAGUCCAGACGCACGAGGCGGAUUCAGACGCCCGACCGGAGUCGACGACAACAGAGCAGGUCGAGUCGAACCGUCCAGAACCGUUACACGAUUUAUCGGUUUUACAGGAGAGUGAAGGCAAACGUUGCGAGGUAUCGGAGCCACGCAGUCUGGAGUCGGAGAAUGUUCUGACAGAACGAGCUGUCGUCGAAGAAGUACUUGAAGGUGAACGGGAAGCUGGUCAAGAUCCAGCUCCAAGUGUGAGCCCGGUUUUGUCUGCAGAGCCAGCUCCUGCCCCAGAACCACCUGUAGAACCUGCCCUUCCGGCUCCUUCAGAGGAACACUCGGACGUAAACAGCACCUCCAGUGGGAGAACCGUCCAACAACAAUCGCCCGCCGAUGCAUCCGCGGUGGUCACGGCUGCUCCCAACGUUGCUUCCUCCGUCUCGGCAGCGAACCCCUUCAAAAUCCAGAAGGUCAAGUCUUCAGACCUUAAGUCGUUCCAUCAAAUUCUGGAUGAGGAGAACCCGGGGAACGUGGACCCGGACGGCAGCACCAACCUCUCCGUGCCGAUGGAGAGUCUGGAAAUCAUCUCCGACUCCGAGGAAGGAGACGCGGCCAAUUCCACAGAGCUCCCUGAGUGGUUGAAAGAAGGCGAGUUCGUCACCGUGGGCACCAAUAAGAAUGGAACCGUGCGCUACGUCGGACCCGCAGACUUUGCCCCGGGUAUUUGGGUCGGGGUGGAAUUGGAGGUUCCAGCAGGGAAGAACGAUGGCUCAGUGGGAGGAAAGCACUACUUCCACUGUAACCCCGGCUACGGAGUCCUGGUCAGGCCCAGCAGAGUGUCCAGGUGUGGGGCCAAACGCCGUCGGCAGCAGAAGAAGCGUCACAGCGCCAACCUCUCUGGAUCCAAUCCAAACUUAGUAGCGCUGACCGCUCUGGCUAAAGGUGAGGCAGGCGGGCCGCCGGGGGCCCGCGCCAGAGGGGAGAACAGGAAGUCCUUGAACAGCUGAGAGACUCGGUAUGUGUUGGAAACGCAAGAAAGACUCGUGUUUUUGUACCAGAUUUUAGUAACAGUUCCAGAGGACUCCAGGUUCUAUCGAAUGUUUUUUUUGGGGUUUUUUUUAAGCUGUUUUUUGAUCAAUUUUACUUCGAAAGUUGACACUAGAAAGAUGUCGUCACAUCCACCAAAGAGAUCGUUUGGGGAGACGGAGGGUGUGAAAGGUUAAAUACUAAGUACCAAUCUUUUCUGGAUAGUACUGUUUUUUUAAAGGGUUUUUUUAGUGUAUUUAUUUAAGGAACAGACAAAAAAAAUCAAAGUACUGCCUCAAGAUUAGCACAGUUCCUGUUUUUAUAUUAUGGUUCCUACAAUUUAAUCAGUUAAUUAAUCCCAAUAAUGACAAAGAAUUUUUCCUUUUCCCUUGACCCCCUAAAAUAACUCUGUGACCCAAGAGGGCCCCCCGCCCCCAAGUUUGGGAACCACUAUUAUGAUGUAUUAAUGAAAGCUCCACAAAAAUUCGCGCGUCAACGCUGGACUGACCUUUGACCUUUUUCAUGUGCAUGGCCUCGAGAGUUCUCCGCACUUUUCAGACAGUAGUUUGACAGGAAGUUAGUCAGAUGUUUUUUUGUUGUUGUUGUUGUUUUUUUACAGUGUAAAUUGCGACACAUUAACGCCUAACGAAAGAGAACCGUCCUGAGCUUUACGAUAUUUUACUGCUGUGCCUUUAAGACGACGUCGCAAAAGUUCAACACUGGAUUUCUUCCACUCUCACUUGAAGCUCUUGGCUGUCGUAGUCCAGUGUUUUUCAACCUUGGGGUCAGGACUCCGUAUGAUGUCACCUGAAAUGACUAGUAGUUAAAAAAAA